AUGCAAAGGCCACCAUUUCAGCAGCAGCAGCAAUACCAACAAACUAGACAGCAAUCUGACAACUCUAGUUCGUUGGAGAAUAUGCUGAAAGACUUCAUGGCAAGGAAUGAUGCCACUGUUCAGAGUCAAUCAGCAUCAAUAAAGAACUUGGAGAAUCAAAUCAAGGCUACAUCAUUAAGGAAUGGAAAGGCUGUAUAUGAACCAUACCAUAUUAAAGACUACCACAAAAUGAAGGAGUCAGAAGGCCAGAAUGCAGGAGAGAAGGUUGUUGUGGAAGAAGAUAUUGGAGAGCAACAGGUUGACAAUCAGACUAAAAGUCCAGAACAGAAUGCUGCAGCAAAGAAGCAGCAGAGUCAGCCUGCUGACAAAGCAAGUAGACCACCACCUCCUUUUCCUCAGAGGCUUCAUAAGCAGCAAGAUGACAAGCAAUUCAAAAGGUUCAUGGACGUGCUAAAGCAAUUGCAUAUCAAUGUUCCAUUGGCACUAUGUGAUCUUGGUGCAUCCAUCAAUUUGAUGCCUAAGAGUAUUUUCACCAAAUUGGGAAUCAGAGAAGCACGUCCAACCACUGUCACCCUACAACUUGCUGACAGAUCCAUCACUUACCCUGAAGGAAAAAUUGAAAAUGUGUUGGUAAGAGUGGAUAAAUUUAUAUUUCCUGCUGACUUCAAUGUUCUUGAUUUUGAAGCAGAUAGGGAGGUACCCUUGCUCUUGGGUAGACCAUUCUUAGCUACUGGAAGAACUUUUAUUGAUGUUGAAAAAGGAGCUCUGACUAUGAGAGUCAACAAUGAGCAGAUAACUUUUAAUGUGUUAAAUGCUUUGAAGUAUCUAAGUCAGAAGGAGGAGUGUGCUGCAAUAGAGGAUGCUGAUGAACAGUUGCUAUAG